AUUGUUUCUUCUGAAGUGUUUUUGUGUGGUUGUGGAAAACAGACGCGAGCUUGUGAAAAAAUACACAAAAAACAUAAAAUUCUAUACAGAAGAACUAGAAAAAUUAUUAAAAAUAAUUUGUAUUAAACAAAUGAAUAAAAAACUAAUAAAAAUAUAAAAGAACUUAAAAAAAAGUACAAAAAAAAUAAGAAUUAUAAAAAAGUUUGUGGGUGAAAAAAAGAAACUAUUAAGAAGAAAAAAAGUGAAAAAAUCUAGUAUAACAAGAAAGAAAAUCCUAUAAGAUUUAUAGAGACAGACGCUUUUAAUAAUUUUCUAAUUAAUAUAUAGACAUUUUUAAUAACUUUUUUUAUAAACUACAAAAAAAGGAAGGUCUUUUACCCCGUGACCCAUAUUUUUUUGAGGCAGAUAAGUUUUUUUUUGUUUGUUGUCAAUUACAGCAAAGCGUGUGCAUUUUACCGCUACUGCACAAUAUUGCAGUAGCAGCGGCGUUUGCUGACUGCAGUUUUGGAUUACUUCUAAUCCCGGGAGUGUGUGUGUGUGUGUUUGUGUGUGUGUGAGUACAUUCGACUACAUCUAUCGGCCUUUGGUGCGUCCGUGUUAGAGCUAUAGCUGCAUGAUAUCGUUGAGUGCUUUACUAACAUCAUUGGGAGUUAUGAGCCAACAACAAAAUCAAAAUUUACAACAACAAGGUGCUAAUAACAACAAUCAAAAUCAAAACAACCAUCCACUGCAUAAUCAUAAUGCUGCUGUUGGAGGUGGACAGGCGGCUGCAAAUGCUGCUGCUGCUAUAGCAGCAAAUCAAAAUCCAGCUGCUGAAGGGAGCAUGGAAAGGGGCAGCUGCUUAUUACGUUAUGCCAGCCAAAAUUCUCUAGAUGAAAGUUCUCAAAAGCACAUACAACGACCCAACAGUAAAGAUCGUUGUGUGGGCCAAUAUCACAAUGAACUGCAUACCACGCGUUCAUUCGAAGCCAUGAACGAGAUGCGCAAACAAAAUCUUUUAUGUGAUGUAACCUUGGUAGCAGAAGAUAUUGAAAUACCUGCUCACAAAAUGGUAUUGGCCUCUUGCAGUCCAUAUUUCUAUGCCAUGUUCACAGGUUUCGAAGAAUCACGACAAGGACGCAUAACUCUACAGGGUAUAGAUCAUCAUGCCUUAGAGCUAUUAAUCGAAUAUGUUUACACUUCUACCGUAGAAGUUAACGAGGACAAUGUACAAGUUCUCCUAACAGCUGCCAAUCUUUUGCAAUUGACUGACGUCCGUGAUGCCUGUUGUGAUUAUUUACAAACACAAUUAGAUGCCAGUAAUUGUUUGGGUAUACGAGAUUUUGCCGAUAUGCAUGGUUGUGUUGAUUUGGUUAAUUAUGCCGAGACGUAUAUUGAACAACAUUUUAAUGAAGUCAUACAGUUUGAUGAAUUUUUAAAUUUAACCUCAGAACAGGUUAUAAAUCUUAUACGCAAUGAUCGUAUUUCUGUCGCUGGCGAAGAAAAAGUUUAUGAAUCUGUCAUCAAUUGGAUACGUUAUGAUCCCACAGUACGCGAUCAAUAUACAUCCGAGUUAAUGGAACAUGUCCGCUUACCGUUAUUGUCCAAGGAGUAUAUUACACAAAAUGUCGAUAAGGAACCCUUGUUGGAGGGCAAUAUCGUGUGUAAAAAUUUAAUUAUUGAAGCAUUAACAUAUCAUUUAUUGCCAAAUGAAAUCAAAACAGCUCGUACUAUACCUAGAAAACCAGUGGGCUUGCCUAAGAUUUUAUUGGUUAUUGGAGGUCAAGCCCCUAAGGCUAUACGUUCGGUGGAAUGCUAUGAUUUGAGAGAGGAGAAAUGGUAUCAGGCGGCUGAAAUGCCAAAUCGUAGAUGCCGCGCUGGUUUAGCUGUUUUGGGUGACCGCGUUUAUGCGGUCGGUGGCUUUAAUGGCUCUUUACGUGUACGCACUGUUGAUGUCUACGACCCAGCCACAGACCAAUGGUCUACUAGCAAUAGCAUGGAAGCUAGACGUUCCACUCUGGGUGUGGCAGUACUAAAUGGUUGCAUUUAUGCUGUAGGUGGUUUUGAUGGCACUACUGGUCUCUGUAGUGCCGAAGUUUAUGAUCCUAAGAAUGAAGUUUGGCGUUUCAUUGCCUCCAUGUCCACCCGACGCAGUUCGGUUGGUGUAGGAGUGGUUAAUAAUUUACUCUAUGCUGUGGGUGGUUAUGAUGGCUUCACCCGUCAAUGCUUAUCUUCGGUGGAACGUUAUAAUCCUGAAACUGAUAAUUGGCAUGCAGUGGCUGACAUGUCCGCCCGUCGUAGUGGUGCUGGAGUGGGUGUUCUUAAUAAUAUUUUAUAUGCUGUAGGUGGCCAUGAUGGUCCUAUGGUUCGUAAAUCCGUAGAAGCCUAUGAUCCAGAAACUAAUCAAUGGCAUUCUGUGGCCGAUAUGUCAUUCUGUCGUCGUAAUGCUGGCGUAGUGGCUCAUGAUGGUCUCCUCUAUGUGGUGGGUGGUGAUGAUGGUGAUUCUAAUUUAUCUUCUGUGGAAGUUUAUAGUCCAGAGACGGACUCGUGGCGUAUAUUGACAGCUUCAAUGACCAUUGGUCGCAGUUAUGCUGGUGUGUGUAUGAUAGAUAAGCCGAUGUGAAUAGAAGAGCAGGGUGCAUUAGCACGACAAGCGGCCAUUAUCUCUAUAAAUGGUAUUGUGGAUGAUGAAAAUAGUCAAGCUGAGGGAACAAUUGAAGGUGCUGUGGGUUAUGUACGCAAUGAUCAACAACAACAACAGCCACAACAACAAACACAAAAUAACAACGUAAAUCAGCAACAACAAUUAGCACAAGCACAGAUUCUUCAUCCACAUUACGAAAAUAUUUACGAAAGUAUAGAACAAUAUAAUGCAGCCGCUCAUGGUGGUGCAGUAGUUGGUGCAGUAGCAGUUGUUGGAGCAGCAGCUGCUGUAGCACCAAUUAAUGCCGCCAAUAAUGCUAAUGCCCCUGCCGAAGAACCACAACAGCAACCAGCUAUGAUACAACCCCAACCACAAGCUUCACAACAAGCAACAAAUAAUGAAAAUAAUACUCAACAACAAGCUAAACAAUCAAGACUGGCAGCCAAUAACAUAAACUAUCGCAAUGAUCUAUAUGAUCGUGCAAAUGCCAUUAACAUAAAUGCCAACCAAACGAAUGCAGGUCUAGCAGCAGCAUCAGCUGCUGCUGGCAGUAAUAAUAACUAUGAUAUACCAAGAUCUGUAAGAUCUGGUUUAGGAUUUCGAAGAAAUUUUCAAUUAGAUUUACAUGCUGCCAAUCCUCGCUUUAAUGCUUUUCGCUGUAACGGAGUGACUUGUAAUCAUUAUACCAGCUCCAGUUCAUCUUCCACCUCUUCUUCAUCAUGUCACCGCCAACGUAGUUUUGAUGAUACUGAAUCCCAAAACUAUUACAAUCUUAAUCAUUAUCAGCCUCCGGUACGUUAUGAAAACAUCUAUGAACAAAUACGUGAUGAACCGAUUUAUCGUAAUACCAAUGGAGCACGUGUUUAUGGCCGUUUAAAUGUUAUAGGUCAUGGUAUAGGACGCAUAGAACGUCAUUUAAGUUCCUCCUGCGGUAAUAUUGAUCAUUAUAAUUUAGGUGGCCAUUACGCGGUAUUGGGUCAUUCACAUUUCGGCACCGUGGGUCAUAUACGUUUGAAUACCGGUUCGAGUAUUAGCAGUACUAGUACUACGAAUAGUUCAAGUGUUACUUCAACUAUUAGUUGUAAUUCAUCAACUUGUGGUAGUAGUGGUGUUGCAGGUGCUGGCGGUGCAGCAACAGCAGCGUCAUCAUCGUCAUCGGCAAAUAUUCAAAGGGAUGGCGUUAAUAAUGUUAAGAAUAGUUCUUCGUCAUUCUUUAGCUGUUUGCAUGGUGAAAAUACUCAAAGUAUGAGUAAUAUUUAUAAAGCAUCCGGUAAUGGUGGUGGCUCCUCAUCCAUUAAUAGUCAUUUGAAUAUGGGCAGUAAUAAUUUAGCCACACCAAAUACUUCUAAAGAUCGUGAAUCUCGUGCCGCUUCCGCUGGCCCUCUAAUAAAUCCCAAUGCCAAUGGCAACAUAGAAACCACACCAACAUCAUCGACCACACGAACAACCGGCGCCAUACCCAAGAUAAAAUCACUAAAUCUAGGCUCGAAACAAAACUCCAAUACUUCACAACAAAAUUCCAAUACAACAACGACUGAAAAGACAACUGUAACUUCACUUAAGAAUGCACUCACUAAAAAAUCAUCAGCUUCAUCAUCAUCAUCAAACACUUCAGCAACAAUUGCAGCAAUGUCUGCAGGCCAAACUCAAAAAACACAAACAUCAGUAUCGAAAAGCUCAAGCAGCCAGAACUCAACAAUGGCUGAACAAAAUAACAGUACUUUAAAUCGUAUAUCCAAAUCAAGUCUACAAUGGCUGUUAGUCAAUAAAUGGCUUCCGCUCUGGAUGGGUCAGGGUACCGAUUGUAAAGUAAUCGAUUUUAAUUUUAUGUUUUCACGUGAUUGUGUCGAUUGUGAUGCUGCCUCAGCUGCAGCUCAAAUGGCCAAUCCUUAUGGGACACCACGUCUCACCGGCUUACCACAAGAUAUUGUACGUUUCAAUGCCCGAGCUGAAAUGCAUGCAGCAGCCACUACUUAUAGUAGAAGACAAAAUGAUCUUAAUACAUCCCGACCCAUGCACAACACUUUGAAUCGUUUAAGGGAGGCUGAACCAAGUCCUUAUGCCAGACGCUAUGAGGAUCCUUCGUAUGAAAAUGUACACGUUCAAUGGCAAAAUGGUUUUGAAUUUGGUAGAUCUCGAGAUUAUGAUCAUUCAAUUGCAGCGCCAGCAGCUACUGGACCCUAUCAAUCGCCAGCUGCUCAAAGAGCUCCUCUGCAAAGGGCACGUUCUGAAAGUCCCACAUUAAAUCAACGCAGCAAUGCCUAUGCCUCUAGACGUUUAAGGGCAGUAAAUAAUAAUCUAACAACUAAUCAAACUGUUAACAUUAAUCCUUCGUCCUCUUCGAAUGGCUCCAACAACAACAACAACAGUGUCAAAUUCAAAGAAUCUUAUCGUAAUUUUGAAAAGUCCUCAGAUAAUUCAAACAUUAAACCCAAUUUAAUGAAAGCAGAGACUUUAGAUGUAGUUGAAAGUGUUGCCACAUUAGCCCUGCCCAAGUUGGCGGUUUCUACUACAAACGAAUCUUCACCCUUGGAAGAUUUAGAAGGUGCUGUAGGCGGUUCAGUGGAAAUGAAAACAACAAAUGAACCUACACCCUCAACAUCCUCUUCAUCGGUGGCUUCCUCUAAUGAUAUGAAUAAUUUGGAUAUGGCUACCUUAUCGCCUGUUGCUCAACCGUCGAUUGAAUUGCCGGACAACGAUAAUAAUUUGCCAAUUUUAAUAAAUAAUUUAGAUAUUAAAUCAACUUCCACUACGAAUAGCGAACAAAAGGAUAAUUAAGUUUUAGGUUUUUUUGUUUUGGUUUCUUUUUUAAGUUAAUGCGUGUUUUUUUCUUGGAAUCGAAAAAUUAAGUUAUCAAUAAUGUUAUUAGAGAAAACUAAAGUUAUCGAUAGUUGCUGAGGAAAAACAAAGUUGAGAAUUUAAUAAUGUUUUUAAAGAAAUCUAAAGAUAUCGAUAGUUUCUGGAGAGAAGUGAAAAUUUUGUUGCCUUAAAAUUUUCAUUUCCUCCGAAGGGAAAAUUGCUAUCGUGAACUUGUUGUGAACAAUUCAUUCACAAUGGUUGAUUUUGUAUGAAACAGCUGUUUAAUGUUUACAA